AUAACGGUAUACGUCGACGGAGCAACAACGCAUUUAUCCAUACAUCCAUAUGACCAUAUGUCCAUAUCUAAAGUUUGUUGCCUGCAAUCUGUGAGAAAAGUGCACCACUUGACAUUUUCGCCAGCCGGUAUAAAGGCAAAGUGUACCCAUUGAAGGGUUAAAUAUUGGAAGGGACUUGGAAAGUGCCGUUAACUAACGUUAUUCUCGAGAAAUAUUGCACGCCCACGCGAAAAGUGCAAAGGAAAGUGGGGGUAAAGUGAGAAGGCGAACCACCAGCAGCUGCCAGUGUGGGAGUCGAAAAUCAAUAAACCCCGUCGACGACGUCGUCGUUUUGGCCAAAGCCCCAUUAACCGGCCAUAUGGCAGUGCUUUGCUAGGACCAAUUUCCAUUCGCAAUUUCCGAACAAAGACAGAGACAGAGAAAUUUCACAAAGUGCAAUUUGUAUAUUUGUGCCAAGUGCAAGAUGGCGGCCCGCCUGGAAUUAACCGUUAGCUUUGCACUCGCUGCAACGGUACUCUGCAGCAUAUUGGGUCAUUGCGAAAUGUCCGUUUACCCAGGACUGCGCCGCCGACCCAUUCAAGAGCCCGUACUGGGAGAUAGACAGGCCGAACAGGAAUACGCUUUCCUGGCCCAGAUGAUGGAGCAGUACGCCCGUCGCCGACUGCAGCAGCAGUUCGACCAGCAGCUGCACGAGAUCAACCUGAAGAUGGACCGCCAGCGGGAUCUGCUGGAGCGGGAGCGAUACCGCCAGCGGCAGCAGGAGCUUGAGGUGCAGCGGGAGGCAGCGGAGGACUACGAGACCAAUGGAAACAACCUGAACCAGCAGUACGACCAGUACGACAACGCUGAGGCGGAGGCCAGCUACGGCAGUACGCUCGAUGCGGUGCCGAAUGUCCAGAGUCCCCUCUACCUGCCCCGCCUGCCCAAUCUGCCGCCGCUUUCCCCUAUGGGCCCAAACGCCCCCAAUCGCAACAGCGUGCUCCGCGAGCGGAUUCCGUUUGCCGUGGGUCCCAACGAUGCCCGCUUCUUUGACAACCCAAACGAUCCUUCCGGCGAGCUGGACUCCCGGGCUCUGGAGGACUACGAGGAGUAUGCUCCGGUUGAGCCCACGCCCGAGGUGGCCAAGACCAAGAUUACUUUGCCAGUACCGGCUCCCGUGCCCGUUGAGCCGCCCAAGCUGCUGGACGCUGCCAAUGCCAAUUUCCACCGCAUCAAUCCACAGUCCGUGGCCGCUGCAGCCGUGGCGGGUGUUAAUCUUCCCCCAGCCAAAGAACAAUCGCCCCACGAACUCAAUGCACUGAUCAACAAGCUGCAGAAGCAGAGCAAGGCCCCUGCUCACCUGACCCUGCUCAAUGGCCCGAGCGAUGCCAGCCAGGAACAGAUUGUGCUGCGCCAGCACUUGGGCAUGAACAGCGAGAUGGGGGUGUACAUAGUGGCCCUGAUAGCAGGAGUUAGUGCAGCGGUGACAGUGGGAUUGCUGGCCCUUGGAGUGACUUGGUUCCAUAAUCGCCACAAGGCGGCUGCCGAUGUGGAUUACCCCGCCUAUGGAGUGACCGGACCCAACAAGGAUGUCUCACCGUCCGGCGACAGGAAGCUGGCCCAGAGCGCACAGAUGUACCACUACCAGCACCAGAAGCAGCAGAUCAUCGCCAUGGAAAACCAGGCCACUGAUGGCAGCUGCGGCAUGUCCGACGUGGAGAGCGACGACGACAACGAGGAGGGCGACUACACGGUGUACGAGUGUCCCGGCCUGGCGCCCACCGGCGAAAUGGAGGUGAAGAAUCCGCUCUUCCUGGACGAAACGCCGGCCACGCCGGCCAACAACUUGUCCUCUCAGUCCGCUGCUGGAGCGGCCAAUGCCGGAGCAACCAACAACAAUAUUACGCAGGCCACUCCCCAGCAGCCGGCCACCCAGAAGGGGAAGGGAACGGUCAAGCCGAACAUGAAUCUCCUGAAUGCCGUGGCCACCGCUGCGGCAGCUGCAGCCGCAACACAAUCCGCAACAACCGGAGGCGAGGAGCCCAAGCAGAAGCGCAAGAGCAAGAAGUAAGGACCACCACGAUUUCCCUCUUGGGGCAAUUGGUAAAGUUUGACUGAUCCAUUGUCAGCCAACAGACGUAGCCUCUCAUGCAGAUUCAGAAACAAAAACAGAUCAGACUAGGUGUAGAAGCAUAUAAACAUUAUAUGUAUUCCUAACAAAUAGUCCAGGGAAUCUAAUUCCAGGAGCAAACACACAUGACGACACUCACUCCACUGUCUCUAUUCUUCCCUAUAUUCAUAAGUCCUCUAAUGUAACGUAAUCGCAUCGCUAUGCAAUAAGAAUAGCUCCCAGCACGCCUGAGCCACUGAACCGUGAUUAUUCUGCAAUCCCACGUGUCCCAUUCAAUCCACCCACUUUCCACCCGCUGUCACUUGCACAAUGCUGCUGAUUCUAUUACCGGAAUGACCGGGAUAUGUAAUUUCGUUUUGUGUGGCAGCGGGACGAAUGUGCAACAGGCAUAUUACGUCGACUUAUUGUAUAUCGAACUGUUUUGGUCCCUGCGAUUUGCGAUUUGUUGGCACACUUCAAGGCCUGGGGAAAAGAGAAAGGAGAAAGGAGGGAGGAGAGAGAAGCUAAGGAGGAUGGAGAGGACAAGCAACCAAAGCUAACCAACAUAUUAUAUUAUUAUAAAUAUUUGUAUACACACACACAUACAUAUUUAUAUAUAUAUAUAUAGAUAUAUAUUCAUGUAAUUAUUGUAUCAUAUACACGGAGGCGGAAAACCUUUUUACUUACCUGUCUGUGUGGUGUACUAUCUUUUCUCAUUUUUACUACGCUUUGUGAUCGAUCCUAAAUUAUCUGUGUCAAUUUAGAAAUACAAUUCUGGUAACCAAACCUGUAUGCAUAUGCAUGCAAACAUACAUAUUUAGUAGAGAAGGAUGCGUGGCGACCGGAGGAGAAGAGGAUUAUUUACAAGUAAAACUUAACAAUAAUUUCCCUGCACAUUCAUGUAAAGUAAAUGAAAAACGACUGAUAACACACAAGGAUAACACGCGUCUAUUGUACAAAAAGAAACGAAGAAAUAUAUUUACUGAUUACUGAUUAGUGAGAUAUUAGCAAAGGAAACUAAACUAUCAACGGAAACGAUUCGAUUCCCAGCCCCCAAAAACCACUAUAGGAAACUGUAGCAAACAUUUUACUAUAUUAUAUUCUCAAUUGCUGUAAAUAAACAUGAAACAUUGGGCGUAGGAUGAAAGUUAGGAACCAUUGCGGCCGAAACAAUACACUGAAUACAACAGAAUUGAAGAACUUGCGAGUUCAAAAACUAGCUAAACUAAACAGAGCAUGAAUUAUAUUACUAUUGACUAGUCGAAAAUGCAAAGCAUCUUGGAGCAUUGAAAAUUGAAUUUGAAUUCGAAAUCGAAGCUGACUUAGCCACAAUAAAAUGCGCGUAGCAUAUGAAUGUACGUGGAGCGUAAUGUUGAGUUUGAAAUAUAUAUUUUAUGGUGUUUGUCCACAGACACGCGAAAAUAAUCCGAACUCAAAACGAGAACUGGAAAUGCAAAAUUUCAAGAGGAGGAGAACAGAACCCACAUGUAUUGUGAAUACAGAGCAUAAUUUAAUGUAUUUAUGUAUGAUAACCGUAACAACACAAAUUAUACAAUAUGCAUACAGAAUAAACUAAACUAACCGAAAA